GCCGUGGCGGCGGGAGGCGCCGCCAUGUCGGCGCUGGCGCGGGAGGAGCUCUCGGCGCUCGCCGCUAUCUACUGCGAGCCGGGCGGGUGCGAGGUGCUGGCGGCGUCAGAGACGCGUGGAAUUACAUUUAGAAUUCAAAUCAGUGUGAAAGAACUGCUGGACACGGAUGUACUUUUAAAGCUGUUAUUUCACUUACCAGUCAAUUAUCCAUCAACUCUGCCAGAUAUUUCUGUUAACUCAGACCAGCUUACCAGGGCCCAGUGUAAGGAUGUGAAAGAUAAAUUACUCGAGCAAGCAAAGAAACAUCUUUCUGAACCCAUGGUACAUGAGCUGGUUCUUUGGAUUCAACAGCAUCUUAAAUAUAUCAUUAAGCAAUCAGCAGCAGUUUGCAGUGAAAAAACUACUUUGUCAAGAGGAGCAAGUGUAGAAGAUGGCGUCUGGAUGCUCUUUUUGCAUUUAGAUCACAUGAGAGCAAAGGCAAAAUACGUCAAAACUGUGGAAAAAUGGGCUUCAGCUCUGAGGCUGACUGGAAGACUGAUGUUCAUGGGCAAGAUAAUAUUGAUUCUUCUUCAGGGUGACAGGAGCAACAUUAAGGAGUACUUGAUUCUUCAGAAAACUUCUAAGAUAGAUGUGGACUCAAGCGGAAAGAAAUGCAAAGAGAAAAUGAUUAGUGUACUGUGUGAAACAAAAAUACAGUCACAGCAUACAAGGUUUCAGACGUUUGAAGUCAAAGACUAUUCAACUCUGGAUGAGCUACAAAAGGAAUUUGAAGCUGCAGGACUUGCAACUCUUUUCUGUGCCUUCUUGAUUAACUACUUGGUCAGAGCUAGCAUUCCGUAGCAGCCAAUUUGGGAGUAAAAAAAAGAAAGCUAAAGAAAAAUGACAAAAGGAUGUUACAGUUCUCUUCUAAUCUGUUUAUUCUCUUGCCAAAUGAAGUUGUUCUAAGAAGCCUGAUGAUUUCUGUAUUUCAGAAGCCACAAAAAGCAACUUAUAAAAUGAAUUUCUAUCACUGUUGAAUUUUUUACUCACUAAUUUGAAUUGGACAAAUCAACAAGUCUAGUGUAGGAAGACAUUACAGUUUUUAUGCUUGGUUUGGUGUGCUUUAAGAGAAUUACAAAUCUGAUCAGCCUGAUACUGUUCAGACAGCAAAGAAUAACAUGAAAACCGAUGUCAGCCUGAUUCUGUCAAAGCAAAUGCUUUUGCCUACCCAUCAAUCAGUCACUUAGUUUGAAGGGUAGGAGUAUACUUGUUUUCAGACAAGUAAACAAUAUGCUUAAAGAUUGUUCUUUUGGAAAGAUGUUGCAGCUGUCUAUUAACUGAUGGUUUGUUUGCAUGUAUUGUAAAAAGAGAUGGGCAAGCCUGUGAGCCCCUGGGGCAAAAAAGUCAUAGAAGCACAGACUAUGGUGCAUAUAUUUCCCUCCAAAGGAAGAGAAACAGACACAGAAAAAUAAAAUGCAGGGAAAUGAAGCCAAAACUCCUGAGAAUAGUUAGAGUGCACAUAGCAGUGUCUAAGUAGUAAAUACAGUGUAUAUAGCUAUCAGAGUUGGACAUUUCACAUGCAAGGAAAAACAAAGUCUACAAAGAGAAAAUGGUUUAACAAAUGAGAAACUAGUUUCUAGUUUACUUUUCCAGCUGGAUUCUCCAGUGUUUGAUAUCAGUUAUACUUGCUCUGCAUAACUCAUUAAACUUGAUAGGAUUUUUCUCCUGUCUGCUACCUGUUCUUAUCAAAAUUGUAGGAACUUGGUUUCUUUGUGACUUUUAACCUCAUUUUGGUUGAAAUGAAUUGAAUUCAAAAGUAAAAAAGAAAAAAAAAAAGUAGUAUAUGCCUGCCCCAUAUGGAGAGCACAGCAGUGUAACCAUAGUUUCCUUUGAAAGACUAAAAUGAAAGCUCUUGCAAUAGGACUGACAACUUGGAAAAAAAAAAAACCCAAGUUUUGUAAGACAAAACUGAAUUUUGUUUGGUGUUUUUUGGAUGCAUUGUCUUGUGAACUGCAAAGAAAACAAGGCAAUAGGGGCAACUGAAAUAGUAAAAACCCAAACCCAGUAUCAGCCUUAUAGCACAGUUGUUUUUGUAGGACUGUAGCACAUUGAAGCAUUCGUUCUAAUCCAGAAAAGAUUUGCUCUGAUCCAAAAAAUGGCAUGCUAAACUUUAGUUUAAUGGCGUGGGUAGGUAUCCACCGGUGUCUAGCAAUGUAUCACUGGCUGUUUCAAGCAGGUUUGUUAGGGAAAGGGACAUAUAACCUUUUUCUGCUCCUUGUGUUUGACUAGUCCAAGGAAGUUAUAUGUCCGCAUUUUCUGUAGUGCAGGAAGGAUAGUCUGGAGAGAGCUGAAGACAUUUUUUUUUUCAUACCUUCUGUGCAACAAGUGUAAUUUGAAGUAACCAAAAGGACAACAUGAGGUCCAGCUAAUUUUUAGUACUCUGUGUAACAUAUCAGGUCUUGCUACAUGUGUAUGCUACUACUGUGGCAGAGGUGUGAUUUCUCUGAAAACAAGGAGGGCAUUAGACUGCUCACAGAUUAUGAACUAUCCUUGGAAUGAUCUCUUUAAAUAGAUGUAGGUUUUUUUUCAUUUUGUGGAUAAGGCCAAUUUCUGUGUUUUUAUAGUUUUACCUUAUUUUUAUGUAAUAUUAUUUGUCUCUUCUGUGUGAAUGACCACAAGAAACACAAAGAUUAAAAUAAAUUAUACACAAAGUGCUGUAAAAUGCACCAAAUAAUAAAAUGUUUUCCACUAUUAA